AUGGAUCCUACUUAUCAUCGCACUCCUCUGGGUCUGUUGCGGCUGUGGACGGAAGUGCCUUCGACGAUGCCUCAGAAUCCUGAGGAGCUCCUCAGACUACUCCUUUCCUGGAUGGAGGCUCCUGAUCCGACCAACCGAAUCGCACCUAUGGCCUUUGGGUUGAUGAUGCGGAUUAAAAAAGACUUCUCGAAUACUCUCACAUUUGACUGUUAUCUCCUCGCUGAGUACCUGCAGAAAAUUUCAAAGUCGAAUGCUCAUCUACAGGCGUGUCUCCUCCUAUUGAGACCAGAGACUAUUGCUGUAACUGUACAGGCCUUGUUGCUGGCAUCAGAGGUCGAGAGUGUGGAAGAUAUGAUGGGAUUGUGGGUGAAAUUGAUAGCAGUUCCGGCGAUGCCUCCGCCUAAGUACGCGAUGGCAAUGGUCAAUAUGGAUCGAUGGAGCAGCCCGUAUCCGAUAUACUCUCUCGUGAGCACCUUUUUCCGUUGCGUCAUUCGACAGUGUUAUUCGGACAAAUCGGCUAUCAACGGCGGAGCUGAUUGGAGGGUGAUGACUGAGUCAAUGCUGAGGACACUCUCAGCGAAGCUUCAUGACCCUACUACAGCAGUCGAUGGUCUAAGGCAGCUCCUCAUGAUCCUUAGGCCUGCUGGGACUUCCCAGAAUGGUGGUCGUGGUCAAGGCUCGAUACUGCUUCAUGGUGCCGUGGCACAGAUCUUCGACGCAAGUCUGUUGCCUUAUUACGAGAGGUUGCGAACACUGUGGGAGGCUGGGCAGGUUGACAGUCUACCGCCGUUUGCUCUGACUCUGAUGACUGAGCUCAUAGAUCUUAUACGGCCCUAUGUUGGUGACAUGACCCCUCCUUAUGGAAGCGCUCAGGUCACUACUGCUGCUAUGCUGGGUUUACCACCAACAGCAGCACGAAUUAGUACCACUCCUCCCCCUAUUCCUGGAGCUGAGGAGAGGCAAGGGUCGUUUGGCAUGCAGACGGGUCCGUUGCCGACGGGUGCGGCUGUGAUGGCUCCUACGAACUACCUACUACCAGUUGUGGGGGAUCUGGGAGUGCCUUUGCAGCAACAGCAGCAUCAGCAACUCGUCCAGCCUCCGACUCAGACGAAACCACAGUUGGUGUAUGUGACGGGAAGUAAUGGAGAGACGGUUAAGUUCAGGAAGCAUAUGGUUGGCAUACAGAACUACAACAAUACGUGCUAUCUCGGAGUCUUCCUCCAGAUGUUGUUCUUGACCGACGCCUUUUGUUCAUCUGUCUACGGCUUUCAACUGCAGGAAGGGGAGGACCUGAAGGAUGAGGACUAUGAACAAGGAAAGAAGAUUCUCGAUGGGUUGCGUUUGCUGUUUGCGAGGAUGUUGCUGACGCCGUAUGCGUAUGUUGAGAUCUCGGACUUUAUCAAAGUUUUACCCCCGAGUUUUCGGACGGGCGAGGAGCAGGACACUACUGAGAGCGCUCGAUGGAUCCUGGACAAGCUGGGAGGGUGCAAACAGAGAUUAGUUGGAGAUAUUUUCGCCUUGGAAUUGGUCCAUAAGACUCAGUGCCAGACGUGUCACACUAUAUCGACCCGCUUGGAACCUUGUACCGAUAUUGGUCUCAGCGUGCCUCGAGAAGCUGAAGUGUUGGGUCAGGGGAGUCUAGACGUGAAUGGGCUCCUCAAGACAUGGGCGGAGCCUGAGGAGAUGACGGGAAACAACCAGUAUAGUUGCGAUAACUGCGGGUGUAAGAGAGAUGCCAAGCGAUGGGUUGAGCUGAGCAGCGCUCCGCCGACGCAUCUCAUUUUGGUUCUCUAUCGUUUCUCCUUUGAUAUCGACAGCUGUGAAUUUCAAGAAGGAGAAGACGGUUGUGUAUCCGGACAUGGACGACUUAGUUUCGGUGGAGCCAAUUACGAGUGCUAUGGAUCUAUCUUGCAUAAGGGCGAGACUAUUCAGAAUGGCCAUUACAUUACGGUGGGACGAAGGUCGGAGGCCCCUCGAGGGAAGUGGCACGAGUAUAACGACUCGGAAGUGACUGAUAUUACUAAGGAAGAGGUCAAUCGAUUAUUGAGCGGGUUAGAAAGACCGAAUACAAGCGCCUAUAUGAUAUUCUACCGCAUGAAGGGCUCUAAUGUUCCUAGGGGGCCGAUGCCUAUUGUGGACCCUAAGAUCACGGCAGAGGCAAGGGCAGUCGAGGCAAAGGCUGUGCAUUUGAAUGAUUGA